UGCCCGCGCUCCUGCCUCCGCGGGCCGCGGGCCAGUGAGGGGCGCGACGGGCGUGGACUCGCGCGGCGCCAUGGAGGGGGUGCUGUACAAGUGGACCAACUAUCUGAGCGGUUGGCAGCCUCGGUGGUUCCUGCUCUGCGGGGGAAUCCUCUCCUAUUACGAUUCUCCGGAAGAUGCCUGGAAAGGCUGCAAAGGGAGCAUCCAGAUGGCCGUCUGUGAGAUCCAAGUUCAUUCUGUAGAUAACACUCGCAUGGACCUCAUAAUCCCUGGAGAACAAUAUUUCUACCUGAAAGCCAGAAGUGUGGCAGAGAGACAGCGAUGGCUGGUUGCCCUAGGGUCUGCCAAGGCUUGCCUGACAGACAGUAGGACCCAGAAGGAAAAAGAAUUUGCUGAAAACACUGAAACCUUGAAAACCAAAAUGUCAGAACUAAGAUUAUAUUGUGACCUCCUUGUUCAGCAAGUAGAGAAAACAAAAGAAGUGACCACAGCUGGUGUUUCUAAUUCUGAGGAAGGAAUCGAUGUGGGAACUCUGCUGAAAUCAACCUGCAGUACUUUUUUGAAGACCUUGGAAGAAUGCAUGCAGAUUGCCAAUGCAGCCUUCACUUCCGAGCUGCUCUACCGCACUCCCCCGGGAUCGCCCCAGCUGGCUGUGCUGAAGUCCAGCAAGAUGAAACACCCUAUUGUACCGAUUCAUAAUUCAUUGGAAAGGCAGGUGGAAUUGAAUAGAUGUGAAAAUGGCUCUUUAAAUAUAGAAGUAAAUAGUGAUGAAGAAACCCUAAUGAAAAACAAGAGUCCCUUGUACUUGAAAGCCGCAGAGACAGAUUGCAGCAUAUCAAGUGAAGAAACCGCAGAUGAUAAUGUACCAGCCCAGGGUGAAAUAAUGAAGGAAGAUGGAGAGAAAAACCUGAGAAAUCACAACAGUGACUUGGCACAGCCUGGAUCAGACACAGUUUGCUCAGGAGAAUCCCUCUGGGAAAAUGGGAAAGAAGUUAUCCCAACUUUCUUUAGUACCAUGAAUACCAGCUUUAGUGACAUUGAGCUUAUGGAAGACAACGGCAUUCCCACAGAAGCAUUCUUGGCAUCAUGUUAUGCUGUGGUUCCAGUGUUAGACAAACUUGGUUCUACAGUGUUUGCUCCUGUUAAGAUGGAUCUUGUUGGAAAUAUUAAGAAAGUAAAUCAGAAGUACAUAACGAACAAGGAAGAGUUCACUACCCUGCAGAAGAUAGUGCUGCAUGAGGUGGCGGCUGAUGUAGCUCAGGUUAGGAACUCAGCUACUGAAGCCCUCUUGUGGCUGAAGAGAGGUCUCAAAUUUUUAAAGGGAUUUUUGACAGAAGUGAAAAAUGGCGAGAAGGAUAUCCAAACAGCACUGAAUAAUGCGUAUGGUAAGACAUUACGGCAACACCAUGGCUGGGUAGUUCGAGGGGUUUUUGCGCUUGCCCUGAGGGCAGCUCCGUCAUACGAAGAUUUUGUGGCUGCACUCACUGUAAAGGAAGGCGACCACCAUAAAGCAGCUUUCAGUGCUGGGCUGCAGAGAGACCUCAGCCUUUACCUUCCUGCCAUGGAAAAGCAGCUGGCCGUACUGGACACCUUAUAUGAGGCCCACGGGCUGGAAUCUGAUGAGGUGGUGUGACAGCCACAGGACAGCACCUUCAAACUUCAGGGAAUAAAGUUUGCUCAAGUGUUGUGUUGCCCUAGUUAAUUUCUAGUAACAGCUUUACUCCCCUCAAGCUCCUUUGCUUGAGGAGAUGUAGAGGAGGAAGAAAAACCUUAGUGCUUUUAUAUAUAAAAUUUUUAAGUGCAUAUGUGAUUUGUGUGUUUAAAAAUCAAGGUGCUAUAUAUUUUAGUUCAACAGGUCUACUGGAAACCAAAUCAUAGCUGUCACAAACUUGAACAGCAAGUAAUAAGAGCAAAUUGGACAACUUUGUGGGUUUCUGUUUCAAUUUUUGGUUUUUAUGAGCACCCAAACCUAAGCUAUAUCGAAGACCAUGAUUCAUAGUCAGCAUUUAAGACACAUCAGAAUUUAACUGAAUACUUGGAGGGAAUGUAAAGCCCUUGGUUGAAACAAUCGCAGCGCACGAUUCACUGUUCCUAGACUGUGUUCAGCGGGUCUCUGUGUCUGUUGGUGAGAAGAGCUGUGUAGUGAAGAGGUUUGGCAUUGGUAUCACUGUGCGAUUUGUGACAUGGGCAAGGAUUGCCAUUCCUGUUGAUAGGUGGGACACUGUGGCUCAAGAAGAUUAGGGUGUGACCUUACCCCAUACUGGAGGACAGGAUGAAAAGGUGAGUCAAGUCAUUUAAGGUGACACAGUGCCACCCUUUGCCAUUAUGUUUCUUGUGCAUUAUUUGACUUGGACAUCACAGCAAAACUAUUACACUCAAGGGGGAUUUUAACCCACUUCAGAAGUGAUGUCUAGCAAUAUAAGGAUCUGCUCACACUCACGGUGUUUCUCUCAAUUUUUGAGACAGUGUCUCACUAUGUGUCCCGGUUGGUCUCAAACUUGUAAGCCUCGGCCUCCUGAGUGCUGGUAUUAGAGGGGUGCAGCCCUGCGCUUGGCUUCACGUAGUCUCCUGGGUGGAGGAGCCAGCUGGUCUCCCAGCGUGAUCUAGACCACCUCUGUGUCAUUGAAAGAGCAGACUCCCAGGACUUCCUAAGAACCCAAACUGGAGGUGGGACCUAGGGAUUGUCUCAAGAUAAAAACUUCCCAAGUGAUUCUUAAACACAACAUUGCGGAGGCACUCUAUUAAAUUAUACUUUUCAGAAUUACCAGCGUUCGUGGCACUUAACUGCUAUGCUCUUCAUUUUGAAGGAGAAGAGGCCAGCAUUUUAGUACAGUAAACUACAUGGAGAGUGAAAAGUUGAGCUGAACAACUUGGGUGGGCAUUCUUCUACAAAGGGUGGUGUCCAGACUGUGGCUCACACCUCCCAGAAAGGGACCAGGCUGCCAAGAGUGUCCACAGGAGAGAAGCCAUGAGUGCCUUCCCCAGUGGAGUCUACUUCCGGAAAUAGGAAGAGCAGUUCCAGCGUAAGUAGCUCCCAUGCUACAAAGUGAUUCCUUGCACGAGCCAGCUCUGAUCCUGCAGCAAAGGUCUCUGCUUGUCAGAGCACUUCAGGUAGGGAGAAGUAUUGAUACUGUCUUUUGUCUUAAAUAAGUGGACAUUUAUUUAGUUUGAAUAAAUGACACAGAUAGGCAUGCCUACAGUCCCAGUUCCUCAGAAGUCUGGACAGAAGUAUCACUUAAGGCCAGGAUUUAGAGGCCAAUCUGAAUAGCAUAGCAACACCCUGCCUCUUGAAAAAAUAAAAUAGAAAUAAGAGAUGGGCAUGGUAGCACGCUACUUUAAUCCUAACACUCAGAAGGCAGAGGUAAAAGGACCACUGUGAGUUCAAGCCCAGCCUGUAACUACAGAGUGAGUUCCUGGUCAGCUUGGGCUAGAGUAAGACCCUGCCUCAGAAAAAUAAAAACAUAAUUUUAAAAAUAGAGAAAUUUUUCCUACAUAAGAAUUUUUGGAAAAUAUUUAGAAACAUAAAAUUACAUGUUUUAAGGGCAGGGAAGAAAGGGGCGCUAAAAUGAUGUGACAUUGUAUUUUAGCAUUUGCUGUUGGCAGCUACUAAGGUGUGUGUUAUUUUCCUCCACUCCCACCAGAACUUGAUGCAGAUCUCUUCUGGCUAGAAAGAAUAAGAGGGUAGGGAUAAAGAAUUAUUCAUACUUCCUGCCUCUGGUAUAGCCUCUGAAGAGGAAAAGCAAACAGCAGCUGACAGGUGCUUACACCAGUGAGAAUGCUUUAAGUAAGUUCUCUUCCAUUAGUAGGGGAUGCUGCCAGGAAAUUGUUAAUGUGGAGUAUUGUCAUUCUAAGCAGCUGCUGGUACUUGCCACCUUAAGUGAACCUCCUGGUGUCUUGGAGAGGAGGUGGGCACUCUGGAAAUACCCCAGGAUUGGUGCCAAGGCUCUCAUUGUAUACCAAGGGAAAGCUGUUUGGCAUGGCCAUGUCACAUCUUCAGGUUCUGAGUAGGUAUUCACCAUUUGGUUUUGGAGGAAGAUUUUUAAUAUCUAGAGAUCAGACCAAAUAGCAUAAAUAACUUAAAAGCUCCAAUUUUCCAUUCCUGUAUUAGGAAGGGGUGGUUUUUAAAUAGGUUUUCUCUCACUGGAGCUUAUCUAGUAUGCCUAAGAUCUGUGAAAUGACGGUUCUGUAAAUAACUAGAAAUUGAACCUAAAACUAAACAGUAAAUUCUACUUGACCUAACCUUGGUAUAGUGAGAUCUUCCACCUGGAUGUUAGUAUGUGAUUUUAUUUUAGUUAAAGUCAUAAUAUUUACUGAUUUGCAGUUACUUUCUAAGAAAAAGGACAAUAGGAAAAUAUCUGUAAAGUAUCCUCCAGAGCUGUACAAGAGUUCUGGGAUGCCUACGCCAUUUAUUUUCACUCCAACCAAGAAAGAACUCUAACAUUCUUGUUGCAGAGUAGUCCCCUUGCUCUCGUUGCUCCCAUCCUUCCUGCCUUCCUCUCUCCCUCCCCUCCUUUUCCUUCCUUCCCUCCUUCCUUCUUUCUUUCUUUUUUUGUAUUAUUUUCUAGCAUGAUCUUUAGGGAGAGCCUAAAGAGAUUGUCUCUCUAGGUACCUGCACAGUGAGGCAGUAGCAUGGCCUCCAGAGCCCUUCCCCGAACGUGAGUGCAUCAGGAGCGCACCGGGAAGCCCCGCCCACCUCUGCGCUAGCUGGGCCGGGGGUUCAACUGAACAAACACCUCGCAGUCAUGGCAGGUCUCUGGUCCUUUGAAAGCACGUCUGAUUGGUGUGAAAAAUGAUAGACUAGAACGAUAGCUUUCAGAGUAGAAGCCAGUUGGUAACUGACUGGGGAGGACAUGAUUACCUCAGCAGCUCUUGAUACAGCUCUGCCUGAAGUGCAGAUGGGCUCUGGGGUGAUGGACCCCAGGGAACUAACUUUGUAGGGUAGCAUCCGUGAGGGUGUCUGAAUAGUGGCUUGAUACACCUCAUUAUUAUGUCUGAGCAUAAAAGCAUGCACCAGUGUCAUGUUGAGUGGUAGAACAGGGACAGCGGAGCUCCUUAUUUCAGCUUUCAAAUUUACUUUGCAGUGCCCCCAGCAGCAUGCCGCCGCUAUCUCCAGUCGAGUUCUUAGGCCUCCUUCCGUAGCAACAGCUUCUAGCCUAGGUACAUCCAGCAUCCGUCAUAACCAAGCCAGGCUGCCAGACCUUUGGGCAGAACCUGUGUUCCGAUUUGGAGCUGUAAGGCAGGUGAAUGUCACAAUGUGUGGCACCUGGGAGGAAUGGCCAGGAUUAAGUGAGUGUCAUUGUGAAUGUUUGUUGUACCCAUAUGCAUAUUCAAUUAAUGCUUUUAACUUCACAUCUUCAAAACCUUGUUUUAAAGUAAGAAAAAUAAUAUAUGGCAGAGAUCAACAGAGUGUUAAAUUUGAAGUAAGGAAAAGAGCAAAAGUAAGUUUUUAUAAAAGAAACAUUCUUACUAUGAGAGUCCUAUAUGUGAAGAAAUUUCAGGUAAAGCAAUAGGGAAGUCAGGGUGUCUUGAGAAGUAGAAAUUAAAUGAGGCAUUUUAGAAACGUUCUGAAGGAAUAUUACUUUUAGGAAUUUCCUACUAAGCCACCAUAACCUUCAGGCACUUGGUUACAUAAUGGUGUAUUUCUGAGUCAUUGAUGAAAGCCAGUUUCUUCUGAGCUUAGUCAUGGGUUUUACAACAGUCAGGCUUCCCCACCAUCAUGUUUCUGUUUCUUUUUUAAGAUUAACUACAAAUAUUUUUAAAAUUGAAAGUUUUAGAUGUAGAGUUUCAAAGUGAAAUCCCUGUUAAGCCAUUGUUGCUAGGUGAUCUAAUGUGUUGACCAUGCACAUGCCCAGUACGUGCACAGACCUCCGUUCCUGUGAAGUGUGUAUAGCGUCCUUUAUUUAGAAAUGUGUUCUACUUCCUAUGACCCUUUGUCACCUGAAGUUGCUUACUCAGGGGUUUCAUAAUAAUGACAGAAAAAUAUUCACUAGAUGUCUAAUGGUAUUUUAAGACUGUUUAUAACAAGGUCUUCAAGGUUCCUUUCAGCAACUCCAUAAGCAUAUUUAUUGUUCACUGGGCCCAGAUCCCCUCCUGUCUGGACAGUCAGUUGUGCUGUGGACAGGGCCAUUUGCAUGGUUUCUUACUGCACUCAGGCACUCCAGGGCAUGAUUCAACGACCACUGAUGGUGCCUCUUUGGUACAGAUGACGCAUGCAUUGAUCUCCUCCACUGUUUUUAUAUAGCCUUUUUUCAAAAGGAGAAAAAUACCACUGCUCUGCAAUGCAAAAGUUUUCAGAAUUCUUAUGAAUUGUGAAUCUUUGUGAGUCAUUUCUUUCAGAGUGGGAAAUGUUUCCAGCUAAACUGUGAGAACAUCAUGAUAUCCUGCCUGUGUUAAGUGUCUUGUGUAUUUUAAAAUUGGUUGUAUCUCUCUCCUGUACCUUACCCACAAUCCACCUGUGACAUAAGGUCCCCUGGCACAGCUGAUGUCCUUCACACAGACUCCUUUCACAGGUGCAAAUUGAGUGGGUGAUAAGGAUGAUGAGCCAGCCUCAUGGCAUGCUUAUGUGUGAUUCCCCACAUGUCCCGAGACUGUCACUAGAAUGUCAUUAAACAGCCCAACUACCUCAUGUGAAAUUGGCUGUGGACAAUCUAUGUUAGAUGAAAAAUGUGUUCAGAUAAAUUUAUUCUGGUUAAUAGAUGGAACAAAAGGAUGUCUCUAAAAAUAACAUGCUAUACCAGAUGCCAAAGGCUAAACUAUACAUAGAUUUUCUUGGAUUAGUUUUAGGGCAAUAUUUAAUUCCACACCUAGUGUUUUUGUGAGUGUUUGUAGAUCCAUGCACUUUGCAUAUUUGUCACAUAAAGAGAGUCAUGUCACCUGAUCUUAUCCCUCAGCAUUUUGAAUGAAUACUUAUGCUAAUAGGAAGCAAGUUAAACUACAGAAGUGUCAAUGAUGUGUUGGCUUUUAAUUUAAUGAACCUUUGCUUAGAAUACAAUGUAUUAGGGCCUUUUACGACCAACUGAUGAAUGAAAAUUUUCAUGUGGGUGUUUGCUCCUCUGUCCAAGUUACUUACUAUCUCAUGGGAAAUUGGGACAGGGUGGGUUUACCCUUUUUUGAAAAAUGUUUAAACUCAUCUGUCAGAUUUUAUAUUCAUUAGUUACACAAUAAACAUAUUUUCAAAGUA